AUGGGAUUGUUGCAGUCCUGUGCAUAUGCAGGAGUGCAAGCCCCCCGGCCACCAGAGCCAAGGAAUCAAGCUGCCAAAACCAGGGCACCAGAUGUAAACACUGGGGCACCAGAUACGUAUAAGAGCUCCUCUCCGAGAGAUGCUGGCACGCUGGAGCAGGGCAGAGCAACGCAGACAAUUAAGUGUGUUGUUGUCGGCGAUGGUGCUGUUGGUAAAACAUGUCUCCUGAUAUCCUACACAACAAACAAGUUUCCAUCUGAGUAUGUACCGACUGUUUUUGACAACUAUGCAGUCACAGUUACGAUUGGUGGAGAGCCAUAUACUCUUGGACUUUUUGAUACUGCAGGGCAAGAGGAUUAUGACAGAUUUAUGAGUUAUCCACAAACAGGUGUAUUUCUAGUCUGUUUUUCAGUGGUCUCUCCAUCCUCAUAAAAUGUGAAAGAAAAGUGGGUGCCUGAGAUAACUUACCACUGUCCAAAGACUCCUUUCAUGCUUACUGGGACCCAAAUUGAUCUCAGAGAUGACCCCUUCACUAUUGAGAAACUUGCCAAGAAUAAACAGAAGCCGAUCACUCCAGAGGCUGCUGAAAAACUGGCCGGUGACCUGAAGGCGGUCAAAUAUGUGGAGUGUUCUGCACUCACACAGAAAGGCCUAAAGAAUGUAUCUAGGGCUUCCCUGGUCCAGUAUUUGACGAAACUCAUGAAAACCAACAAGUCUCGCGAUGUUGUUGCGGCUACUACUACUCCCAACAUGCAAAGCGGCUACCGUGCCGCAGCCCGUGCCGCAGCUGGUGCCGCAGCCUAUGCCGCAGAGUCCGGAGGGCCCCGGCGUGCCUCGAGGCGCGAAAGCGCGGCGGUGGCGGAUCGCUCGGUUCCAGCCAGUAGGUCCUGUGAGGGCGAGCUGAGGCGGAGAAAGGGCGUGGAACUGGGAACGGGUGAGUCGGACGCAGUCUACGCGGUCGAGGGAGGCGGCACCGCGGCGUAG